UGCUCCUCUCUCAGAGCUCGAGUCUCUCUUCCCCCUUUCUGCCUUCACGAGUUCUCCUCUCGAAACCUGCGCGAGGCGGCCACUGAAGCGCGAGGCUGUCUCCCCCCCUCUCCCCCUACCCUUCAGUCAACAUGGCUACUAUUGUAAUCUCGACCAGAUUCACAGACGAAUAUCAGCUGUACGAGGAACUCGGAAAGGGUGCCUUCUCUAUCGUCCGCCGCUGCGUCAAGAAGUCCACCGGCCAGGAGUAUGCUGCUAAAAUCAUCAACACAAAAAAGCUCUCGGCCAGAGAUCACCAGAAACUGGACCGGGAGGCACGGAUCUGUCGUCUGCUAAAACAUCCAAACAUAGUACGACUCCAUGACAGCAUCUCAGAGGAAGGCUUCCACUACCUUGUCUUUGACCUCAUCACUGGAGGAGAGCUGUUUGAGGACAUUGUCGCCCGAGAGUAUUACAGCGAGGCGGAUGCCAGCCACUGCAUCAAUCAGAUCCUGGAGAGCAUCAGUCACAUCCACCAGCAUGACAUUGUGCACAGGGACCUCAAGCCGGAGAACCUGCUGCUGGCCAGUAAGAUGAAGGGAGCCGCGGUGAAGCUCGCAGACUUCGGCCUCGCCAUCGAGGUGCAGGUGGAGCAACAGGCAUGGUUUGGUUUUGCAGGAACUCCGGGUUAUCUGUCCCCCGAGGUGUUGAGAAAGGACCCGUACGGCAAGCCGGUGGACAUAUGGGCAUGUGGUGUGAUCCUGUACAUCUUGCUGGUGGGGUACCCUCCCUUCUGGGAUGAGGACCAACACAAACUCUACCAACAAAUCAAGGCCGGUGCAUAUGAUUUUCCUUCUCCAGAGUGGGACACGGUGACCCCUGAGGCCAAAAAUCUGAUUAAUCAGAUGUUAACGAUUAACCCCGCCAAAAGGAUCACUGCUGACCAGGCCAUCAAGCACCCCUGGGUCUGCCAACGCUCCACUGUGGCCUCCAUGAUGCACCGCCAAGAGACCGUGGAGUGUCUGCGCAAGUUCAACGCCAGGCGGAAACUUAAAGGAGCUAUCCUCACAACAAUGCUGGUAUCAAGGAACUUUUCAGUGGGACGGCAGCAUACCAGCCCUGCCGCUACCACCAGCACGGCCCCAAUGGCACAGGAAGCAUGCAAAACCUUACUAAACAAAAAGUCUGACGGUGUGAAGUCGCAGGGGAACAACAGUAAAAACAGUGUAGUCAGCAGCAGCAGCACCAAAGACAGCAACAUGUCAUCUUCAGCACCAAUGGAAGCCCAGACAACUGUUGUACACAACCCAGCUGACGGCACCAAGGGCUCCACCGAGAGCUGUAACAACACAGAAGAGGAGGAGAUGAACGGUAGGAGAGCCCGUAAACAGGAGAUAAUAAAGAUGACGGAGCAGCUGAUUGAAGCCAUCAACAAUGGGGAUUUCGUGGCGUACACGAGGAUCUGUGACCCCGGCCUGACCUCUUUUGAGCCGGCGGCUCUCGGAAACCUGGUGGAGGGCAUGGACUUCCACAAGUUCUACUUCGACAACCUGCUGAGUAAAAACAGCAAGCCGGUGCACACCACCAUCCUGAACCCCCACGUGCACCUGAUCGGGGACGAGGCCGCCUGCAUCGCCUACAUCCGCCUGACGCAGUACAUGGACGGCCAAGGCCGGCCGCGCUCCUGCCAGUCGGAGGAGACGCGGGUGUGGCACCGCCGGGAUGCCAAAUGGCUCAACGUGCACUUCCAUUGCUCAGGAGCACCGGCUGCACCCCUGCAGUGAGCGGAGGAGACCCCCUCCCCGUCCCCCAGGCCCAGCUUUGCCUGAACUCUAAAGCUGUUUGGAGCGUUUCUCUUCGUGGUCGGAUCGGUGCCUGGAUCCCGACCAGCAAGAGGCUGCUUGGAAAGUUGUAAAAAACCCAUAAGUGGUGGGAAAAUACUUUAUAAAGAAGAAAAUAAAAUAAAAAGAAUGAGCGAUCCAGUCCAAGCCCCUAGCUGUGUGCCGCUGGGGCUGAUGGUGCAUGCUUCUACCGGGUGGUGCUGCCCAUGGCCUUUAUUCUGUCUGCUAUCAGGAAAAGUAUUACAAGUGUUCUAUUAACAGAAAAAACAAGUACACGUAGUCUAUAGAAGGGGCAGCAAGUAUAAUAUUGGAAAAAUACUAUUUUGUAUGUUUUUGUUUCUAGAGAGCAGCAGAACGUCUCCUACUAGUAUCACGUGUGUUUUACAGAUCACAGGUAUGUGGGUUUGCUUUUAUGGGAACUGGAGCGACUCAUAUCAACGUAAUAUCAGAAUUUAAAUCCACUUUAAGUGUUCGGUUUAAGCGUCUGUGCACAAAGUUUGAAAGGGGUUCUUGAGAAAGGGUCAAUCUUAAUUUUAAAAAAUGGGCAAUUUAGUUAAUAGAAAUGUGUAUAAACAGAUAUUUAUAUAGGAGAAAAGGGAUCUACUUCCAGGGGGAAGGGAGGGGCUUAAGCAUGUUUUCUUUUUUUGCCUUGGUCUCAUAUAUUCACACACCAUGCAUGCAGGCACACACACGCACCC